AUGCGCCUCAACGACUCUGCGCUGGGCGCGCCGGUUGCCGACCUUUUCCAGCGGAUGCAGUCGGGGCUGGAGGCGGCGCUGCUGGCCCCGGCCCUCGGCAACGGCUCGGGCAACGCGUCGGAGCGCUCCCCAGCGGCGCCCAGCAGUGACUUGGACGUGAACACCGACAUCUACUCCAAGGCUCUGGUGACCGCCGUGUACCUGGCGCUGUUCGCGGUGGGCGCGGUGGGCAACGCCGUGACGGCCUUCACGUUGGCGCGCAAGCGGCCGCUGCAGGGCCUGCAGAGCACCGUGCACUAUCACCUGGGCAGCCUAGCAAUGUCUGAUCUACUCACCCUGCUGCUGGCCAUGCCCGUGGAGCUGUACAACUUCAUCUGGGUGCACCACCCCUGGGCCUUUGGCGACGCUGGCUGCCGUGGCUACUACUUCCUUCGCGAUGCCUGCACCUACGCCACGGCCCUCAACGUGGCCAGCCUGAGCGUGGAGCGCUACCUGGCUAUCUGCCACCCCUUCAAGGCCAAGACCCUCAUGUCCCGCAGCCGAACCAAGAGGUUCAUUGGUGCCAUCUGGCUGGCCUCAGGCUUGCUGGCUGUGCCCAUGCUGUUCACCAUGGGCCAGCAGAACCGCAGCGCCGACGGCCAGCACCCCGGCGGCCUGGUGUGCACUCCCAUCGUCCACACUGCCACCGUCAAGGUCGUCAUCCAGAUCAACACCUUCAUGUCCUUCGUGUUCCCCAUGGUGGUCAUCUCAGUCCUGAACACCAUCAUCGCCAACAAGCUGACCAUCAUGGUGCGCCAGGCAGCUGAACAGGGUCAGGUGUGCACAGUGGGCGACCAGCGUGGCACAUUCAGCAUGUGCAUCGAGCCCAGCCGGGUCCAGGCCCUUCGGCACGGCGUCCGCGUCCUACGUGCCGUGGUCAUCGCCUUUGUGGUCUGUUGGCUGCCCUACCAUGUGCGGCGCCUCAUGUUCUGCUACAUCUCGGACGAGCAGUGGACCCCGUUUCUCUACGAUUUCUACCACUACUUCUACAUGAUGACCAACGCCCUCUUCUAUGUCAGCUCCACCAUCAACCCCAUCCUGUACAACCUUGUGUCUGCCAACUUCCGCCAGGUCUUCCUGGGCACCCUGGCCUGCCUGUGCCCCAUGUGGCGGCGCCAGAGGCGGCGGCCGGUGCUCUCCAGGAAGGCCAAUAGUGUGUCCAGCAGCCACACCUUCAGCAACGCCACCCGCGAGACGCUGUACUAGGCCCCAGGCC